CGACAAAUUCAAGGCACUCCUCCCUCCAACUGCCCGAGUCAAAUGUGUCUCCGAUGCCGGCUUCUUCAUCCAUGGGAAUGAUAUCUCCGGCGGACGUGCCAUCGAGAAAUUCUUCGGCGGCGUCGUUAACACACAUGGCUCCACCAAGAAUCUGUCGGCGUCCUGUACUUCAAGAAUGAGGCCCGACCUGGUAUUUACUUUUACUCUUCUCUUCUC